CAUUAAAAAUAAGUUGUAUUAUGUAUUUUGGCUUGCCAAUUCUAACAUUGGGCAGGAUGAGAUCAGGCCUACAGGUAACCAAAGCCAGCCCAGCCCAAUAAAAAAUCAGAUGGGUACGUGAAAGCUGGAAGUGCCACAACCCACUCGGCUUUCCGGUUGCUCAAUUCUGCUAUUCUGGGGAUAGAAGAAGCUCUCCCCCCAAAUCAAUGGCAUUCAUAGAUGCUGCAAUUCAAGUGCUUAUUCUCAUAUUUGCCGUUGCCAUGUUCAUAGCCAUCCAAUAUUUCCCCAAACAAGCCCUAACCAAGCUUCGCACCAAGAACAGAGCCUCCUUGCAGUCCAAUCGCCACUUCAUCCAAGGUACUCACUUCUUAGCCAAAGCCAAAUCCACAUCUCAUAAAUCCCAAUCUCUAAGCCUAGCCAAAAACGCACUCCUUGAAGCCGAAACUGCAAUCUCUCUCUCUCCCAGAGAUCCCGCGCCUCUACUCCUCAAGGCUCUAGCUCUCGAUCUCAUGGGUCACAAGGGAUCUGCCCUGAAAGCUCUCGAGUCGGCGCUGUCUUCGCCGCGUGUGAAGUCGUUGGAGGGGAGAGAGCGUGGGGAUGCGUUGAUCAAGAGGGCCGAGUUAAAGAUGGCUGUGAAUCGGAGACGGCGAGUUGACUCGGCUAUUGACGAUUUAAAGGAGGGUGUGAAGCUGAGUGGUGAAGGAGAAAGAGCGCUUUGUUUGUUGGGCCAGUGUUACGAGUGGAAAGGAAUGAGGGAGGAUGCUAAAUGGGCUUUUGGGGAGGCCCUAAAGGUCCAACCCGGGUCCGUUGAGGCUCGCAAUGGCUUAGACCGGCUGGGCUUGCAAUGAUGUAGGUUUUUAGUAACACUUGCUCAUGUACUACGUUUAGCAACUCGAGGGAAAAUUGUCAUCAGAUUUCAUGAAUUAGUGAAAGAAUCAAUGCAUUAAUAUAUUUAUGCAUUAGACAAAUUCUGUAAUUAGCUAUAAGAAACUCUUGGGGAAGUCUAUCAGAUUUCUAUUUCAUUAUCAUUA